CCGCCUGGCCCAUCAUCUCCUGGUCCCGAUCUCGCAUCCUCCCUACUCCCCCCUCCCAGUAUCCCACUCCACCUCCGCCGCCCCACCAUGUACGGCGUCGGCGGCGGCGGAGGCGGCUUCAACGCUUCCUCCACGGCCUCCGGCCGGCGGCGAAACCAGGAAGAAGACGAGGAGGACGACGAGGAGGAGACCGGCGACGGCCGCGUCCUCGAGGCCUGGGAGCGCGCGUACGCGGACGACCGGUCGUGGGAGGCGCUGCAGGAGGACGAGUCGGGCCUACUCCGCCCCAUCGACACCAAGAACCUCGUCCACUCGCAGUACCGCCGCCGCCUCCUCCUCCGCUCCGCGGCCGCCGCAGUCCGCAUCCAGAAGGGCCUCAUCCGCUACCUCUACAUCGUCAUCGACCUCUCCCGGGCAGCUUCAGAGAUGGAUUAUCGUCCUAGUCGAAUGGCCGUUGUUGCAAAAUGCGCCGAGGCAUUCAUUAGGGAAUUCUUUGACCAGAAUCCCUUGAGCCAUGUUGGGCUAGUGACAAUCAAAGAUGGCAUUUCUCAUCGACUCACGGACAUUGGUGGCAGUCCAGAGUCACAGAUUAAAGCAUUGAUGGGGAAGCUUGAGUGUUCUGGUGAUUCAUCUCUGCAAAAUGCUCUAGAACUUAUCCAUGGUUAUUUGAACCAAAUUCCUUCAUAUGGUCACAAGGAAGUAUUAAUUUUGUACUCCGCACUGAAUACAUGUGAUCCUGGUGAUGUCAUGGAGACAGUAGAAAAAUGCAAGAAAUCCAAAAUUAGAUGCUCCGUUAUUGGGCUUGCUGCAGAAAUUUUCAUUUGCAAGCAUCUUUGUGAGGAGACUGGUGGAUCCUACACAGUUGCACUGGAUGAGUCUCACUUCAAGGAAUUGCUGCUCGAACAUGCUCCUCCACCACCUGCGAUUGCAGAGUAUGCUGCAGCUAAUUUGAUUAAGAUGGGUUUUCCACAGAGGGGAGCAGAGGAUCUUAUCUCCAUCUGCUCAUGUCACAAGAAAAUCAAGUCCGGGGCUGAAGGUUACAUAUGCCCCAGAUGCAAGGUUAAUGUAUGUGAGCUCCCAACAGAGUGUCGAACUUGUGGACUAACACUAGUUAGUUCUCCACACCUGGCAAGGUCCUAUCAUCAUCUCUUCCCAGUAGCACCGUUUGAUGAGGUGACGUUCAAGCUAGGUCAAAAGGGAGGACAGAACUGUUAUGGCUGCCAGCAGAGCCUGAUUAACUCUGAUAGCCAAUCUAAUCUCCAUGUCCGAUGUCCAAAAUGCAACCAGCACUUCUGCUUUGAUUGCGAUAUUUACAUCCAUGAGAGCUUGCAUAAUUGCCCUGGUUGCGAGAGUCAGCGCAGUUUCUCUUCAUAGAGGUGCCAUUGUGUGCAUUAUUCAGGUGUUCAUCUUUUUCUGAGUCAGAGCUUAGGCAUUGUUGUAAGCUUUCUCGUACACUGACAUUGAUGAUGGUAUUGUUCGAUAAUCAAACAGUGUACAGAUAUCAGGCAUUUGUCACACCUCCUUUUAGAUUGGGUUAGCUAGUUAAGCUACAAUUAGAGGUCGAGGAGCUGAAAGUAUAGCAUUAUGCUGUGAAGAGGCGUUAGAAAUGUACAACGGGACUGAAACUUGGUAGUUCUUGCUGUUUUUCUGAAGCAAGAUCAAUAUAUGUUAUUUUUCUUCA